AAAUUCUUUUUACUCAUAUGAGCAAAAAUAUUAGACAUUAAAAAAACAUAAAAACAUCGGGAAUCACUUUUUGACUCAACACCCGUCGCUGUCCUGGGUGCUGAUCUUCCAAUCUGCGGCUCUGCGCUCACUUCCACCCUUCUUUGUCACUCACCUUCUCGCUCUUGCGCGCAAAAACACGCAGUUUGAUUCCCACACCUCUCUCUCUUUCUCUCUCUCUUUCUCUUUCUCUCUCUCUAUCUCACUGUCUCUGCCACGCACGCGCACACACGCCCCCCUUUAAAAUAUUCAUUUGCGACACCUCAAAGGCCCCCAGUGUUUUUUUCUUUCUUUGUGCUUCCCACCUGUAUCUUUCAGCGAAAACGCUGGCGCGGACAAACACAAGCAAAACCACAUUACAACUAUAUUUUUUUCAUUACAACUUUAUGUAUUAAAGCAAGAGACUCUGAGAUGGAACAUCUGUUCGUUAACAUUUGGAGAAAAAAACAGGCUCUGCUUUCCCCCAGAUCACACAUGAAUCACAGGGGAGCGGUGCCCGGCUUCAGACGCUGUCAGUCGCAUUGAAGGGCUUUCAUUUCUUUUGCUUGAGAUAACUCAACCACGAGCCCGCCGAUGUCGUGUGUGUGUGUACGCUCAGACAUGGCCUGAGCAAACUGUGAAACCCCCACCGCUUUAAAAAUCUGCACUGGGGACCCACCGAACAGUCGCAACAGGCAGGUUCGAGUCUCUGCUGCGCUCUCUUGUGCGACAGGGUUAAACUGGCUCCCCAGAUUUUUGUUUUGGUUUGGUUUUUUGUAGUUUUUUUUUUCUGCGCCUCAGUUGAGGAAUUCCCCGAGUUUGGAGAGACGAGUUCCGCAGGGAGACGGCAGAUUAAACCCAAGAGUCGGCGGGGGGGUUCGCUGCUUUGCCUGGAAUUCAUUAGAGGACAUUAUUGUGAAGACGCUCGUGGCGGGGUCGUGCGGGACUUGGAAGUGGAAAUGGUGUGAGCACACACGGAGGGGCUUGUCAGGAGCUGCUCCGGCGUGUCUUCUAGUCCCUCUUUACUCCUGUUAAAGGUUUCGGAUAUAUCCCGGUGCGGCGGCACUGAUCACAGCCUUUAACCUCUCCAGUUUUCAGGGCGCAGCGUGUUAGUCUGCACUGAUGGAAGCGUUACUGCUCUCCUGCUCAACUUGGACACGAUCUGGGGCCCCUUCAUCAGUGUUGAUCUCUCCGUUUCGGUGAUCACAGGAGCGGGGGGAAAUAAGACUGGGCAAGAGGAAAGAGAUGAAAGACGAGUGGGUUUCCUGAGGCGCACCGUCGAAUCCGGUUUUGAUGCGCGCAGGUGUCCAUUUCAUCAGUAAAUUCCCUGUACCUCUUGCAGUGAUUAAACUAUCGCAUACAUUUUUUUUCUUGUUUUUCGGUGGCAACCUGAAAACACAAACCGGAGAAGAAGACAUUCAGCUGGAGUGCUUUGAACACAGGAAUGCUCCUGGACGGAUAUUUGAUUUGGGUUUGAGGGGCAAUCGCUCGGAGUUACAGGGAGCAAAGAGGAGGGGGGAAAGAAUUUGGAAAGUAGAGCUUUGAUUUACGGAUUACUGGGCUUUUUCUUCUCCUGAACAACUGUAGACACGCUCUUUGAUGUCUGAAAAGACUGUAAGGUGGCCAUGACGAGCGAGGAGGAGGAGGGCCCCGGCGUUGCAACAUCGACAACAGCAACACCAUCUGCACCGACCAGCUCCAGAGUGACGACCGCCAUAGCCCGGGGCGACAGCGAUGAUGCUGUCGCCACCUCGUCUCCCCGCAGGCCCUCCCCACACCGCCGCCCAUGUCCCGAGAAAAAGGAGGAGAAAGAGGAGAACAUAGAAGAGGCAGGGAUUAUUCAGGAGGAGAGGAUCGAGAAGGAAGAAGAGGAGGAAGUGGUUGAGCGUAAGGGGGAUAAAGAAGAUGACGAUGACGACGAUGACGACGAUGAUGAUGGCAGCAGUGACACCAGUGUGUUAGUGGUGCCCUACCCUGAGCUGGUACCUGUGGUCUUCUUCUGCCUUAAGCAGACAACCUUUCCCCGCAGCUGGUGCAUCCGCAUGGUCACCAGCCCAUGGUUCGAACGUGUGAGUAUGAUGGUGAUCCUGUUGAACUGCGUUACCCUGGGAAUGUACCAGCCCUGUGAGAACAUCGACUGCUCCUCAGACCGAUGCCAGAUACUACAGGCCUUCGAUGCGUUCAUCUACAUCUUCUUUGCUAUGGAGAUGGUUGUAAAAAUGAUCGCUCUGGGGAUCUUUGGUCGACGCUGUUACCUCGGGGACACGUGGAACAGGCUGGAUUUCUUCAUCGUCAUGGCAGGGAUGGUCGAGUACUCUCUGGACCUGCAGAACAUCAACUUCACGGCCAUCCGAACAGUGAGGGUGCUGCGGCCGCUCAAAGCAAUUAACAGGGUGCCAAGCAUGCGUAUCCUGGUGAACCUGCUGCUCGACACGCUGCCCAUGCUGGGUAACGUCCUUCUCCUCUGCUUUUUUGUCUUCUUCAUCUUCGGCAUCAUAGGAGUGCAGCUGUGGGCGGGGCUGCUGAGAAACCGCUGCUACCCCGAGGAGAACUUCACACUCAGUAGUGGAAUCAGUCUCCCUCGGCCUUACUACAUGGCUGAUGAGGAUGACGAGCGUCCUUUUAUCUGCUCCCUUCCUGUUGACAAUGGCAUCAUGUCUUGCUCCGAUGUGCCGGCCCGCCGAGAAGGAGGCAAGACAUGCUGCCUGGACAAAGAUGACAUCCUGUAUCGCCAGUCUAUCGGUCUCAGCCCCGAGCCCCUGGCCAACGGCAGCGUCAGUGUAGCAGGGCUCUGUGUGAACUGGAACCAGUACUACACCAGGUGUCAUACUGGGUACAGCAACCCCCACAAAGGAGCCAUCAACUUUGACAACAUUGCCUUUGCCUGGAUUGUCAUCUUUCAGGUGAUCACUCUGGAGGGCUGGGUGGAGAUCAUGUACUACGUGAUGGAUGCUCAUUCAUUCUAUAACUUUAUCUACUUCAUCCUGCUUAUAAUUGUCGGUUCCUUCUUCAUGAUCAACCUGUGCCUCGUGGUGAUUGCCACCCAGUUCUCAGAGACCAAGCAGCGGGAGCAUCAGCUGAUGCAGGAGCAGCGAGCUCAGUGUUCAUCCUCCUCCACCCUGGCCAGUGAACCUGGGGACUGCUACGAAGAGCUCUUCCAGCUGGUCUGCCAUUUCCUCCGGAAGGCGAGGAGGCAAACUGUUGCCCUUUUUAACACCCUCCGGGGGAAACCUCGUGGCUUUCAUGGUGUUGGAAGAGGAAGAGGAGGGGAAGGAAGGGAGAGGAAGGCCAAUGGACGUGAAGGACGUGACAGAAGAGCUGGGUUAAGACAUGGCCCUCCAUGUCCCCAUCACAACAAACCAGGCCAUGCCUCAUCCGCUGAGCCUGUGGCCCUCACUGCUGCCUCCGCCACAGACGGCUGCCCCCAGUGCGCGGCAGCGCUGACGCUCUCUGACGGGGUGGGACCAGUUCGCAAUGCAGCGAGUGACGAAACAGAAGAGGGAACUGUGGAGGAAUCAGAUAGGGAUGGUGUACAGUCCGGUACUAAAGGGAAGGACAAACAAGGCCAUGAAGGUGCAGAGUCCUGUUGUAGUCCGAAGAAGGGAUGCAAGGAGCUGUGGUACGAGAUCAGGAUGAAACUGUGGGGCAUCGUGGAGAGCAAGUACUUUAACCGAGGCAUCAUGAUCGCCAUUUUGAUCAACACCAUCAGCAUGGGCAUUGAGCACCACGAGCAGCCAGAGGAGCUCACCAAUGUUCUGGAGAUCUGCAACAUCGUCUUUACAAGCAUGUUCUCCUUGGAGAUGAUCCUCAAGCUCACAGCUUUUGGUUCUUUCAACUACCUGAGAAACCCUUACAACGUCUUUGAUGGGAUCAUUGUCAUCAUAAGUGUAUGUGAGAUUAUCGGCCAGUCGGACGGUGGUUUGUCUGUUUUGAGGACCUUCAGGCUGCUGAGGGUGCUGAAACUGGUGAGGUUCAUGCCAGCUCUCAGGAGACAGCUGGUGGUCCUGAUGAAGACCAUGGACAACGUGGCCACCUUCUGCAUGUUACUAAUGCUCUUCAUCUUCAUCUUUAGUAUCCUUGGGAUGCACAUUUUUGGAUGCAAAUUCAGUCUUAAGACGGAGACUGGAGACACAGUACCAGACAGGAAGAACUUUGAUUCCUUGCUGUGGGCCAUUGUCACUGUUUUUCAGAUUCUGACCCAGGAGGACUGGAACGCAGUUUUGUACAAUGGUAUGGCAGCGACCUCACCGCUUGCUGCUCUGUACUUUGUGGCCCUCAUGACAUUUGGAAACUACGUCCUCUUCAACCUGCUGGUCGCCAUCCUGGUUGAAGGCUUUCAGGCGGAGGGCGAUGCAAAUCGUUCAUAUUCAGAUGACGAUCACUCCUCCUCCAACUUUGACGAGAGUGAAAAACGCGAUUCCAUCAAGUUGUCUGACCCGAGAAUCUGCACCCUGACACCAAACGGCCACCUGGAGCUGGGUGCCCUGUCAGCACCCAGGGGAUCCUACUCCUCCUCGGAGAGGCGGAGCUUCACCAUGGAGUCUAGAAAGAGCAGCGUUAUGAGCUUGGGCAAGAGCAGCCUGGAGAGACGCUCCCUCUCGCUGCGCCACGGUCGCAGUUCCAACUACCACAACUGGGGGCGUCCGUUCCCUCUGCAGUCUGGAUGGAGUCGCAGGUCUAGCUCAAACAGCCUAGGUCGAAGGAGCUAUGGGUUCAGCGGAUUACCUCCAGUGGGAGGGAGCCUCCGCUUGCACAGCACCCGCUCGCCCCACUCCUACACCUAUGCACCAGAGCAGGAGUCCCUUCUUUCCCACCCAGCCCACUCCCAUCAUCCUCUGCCCCCUCAUCAUCCACCUCCACCCCCAUUUUUCCUCUCCAGGCAUUUUGCCGCAAGGAGAGAUCGGCGGGCUCUUUCCCUCGAACUCCCUGAAUUGUUUCGGGCAGGUGGACAGCCACCAGGCCUUCCUCCCAUCCACCCAGACGCUGGCAAAAGGAGUGGGUCUGGAGCAGGGGGCUCCAUUACAGGAGGGUCUGUGGCCGGCAGUGGUUUAGGAGUGGAUCACCGGGACUGUAAUGGCAAGGCACCAGGUCCCCACACUCAGCUUAUGGUUGAGGUUUUCCCUCAAGUCAAUGCACGCAAGGACAGAACAGACCUUGAUGAAGAAACAGACUAUAGUUUGUGCUUCCGUAUCCAGAAGAUGAUGGAGGUGUAUAAGCCAGACUGGUGUGAAACCAGAGAGGAGUGGUCAGUCUACAUGUUCUCCCCUCAGAAUAAGUUCAGACUGCUCUGCCAAUCUAUUAUUGCCCAUAAACUCUUUGACUACGUGGUGCUGGCCUUCAUAUUCCUCAAUUGCAUCACCGUGGCUCUGGAGAGGCCAAAGAUUCUUCAAGGUAGCCUGGAAAGACUGUUUCUUACCAUUUCCAACUACAUCUUUACUGCCAUCUUUGUUGGGGAGAUGACUCUCAAGGUGGUGUCCAUGGGUCUGUAUUUGGGGGAAACUGCCUAUCUGAGAAGCAGCUGGAACAUUCUAGAUGGUUUCUUGGUCUUCGUGUCUCUGAUUGACAUCGUAGUGUCCAUGGCGGGUGGGGCUAAGAUCCUCGGGGUUCUCCGUGUGCUCAGGUUGCUCAGGACACUCCGUCCUCUCAGGGUGAUCAGCAGAGCUCCAGGACUGAAGCUGGUGGUCGAGACCCUAAUCACGUCCCUCAAGCCCAUCGGCAACAUUGUCCUCAUCUGCUGUGCCUUUUUCAUCAUCUUUGGCAUCCUUGGUGUUCAGCUUUUCAAAGGAAAGUUCUACUACUGUGUGGGUCUCGAUGUGAAGAAUAUCACCAAUAAAUCUGACUGCCUGGCUGCCAACUAUCGAUGGGUUCACCACAAAUACAACUUUGACAACCUUGGACAGGCUCUUAUGUCCCUGUUUGUGCUGGCGUCAAAAGAUGGCUGGGUCAACAUCAUGUACCAUGGACUAGAUGCGGUGGGAAUUGACCAGCAGCCGGUGACCAACAACAACCCGUGGAUGCUGCUCUACUUCAUCUCCUUUUUGCUGAUUGUCAGCUUCUUCGUCCUUAACAUGUUUGUGGGCGUGGUGGUGGAGAACUUCCACAAAUGUCGGCAGCACCAGGAGGUGGAGGAGGCCAGAAGACGCGAGGAGAAACGCCAGCGUCGCAUGGAGAAGAAGAGGAGAAAGGCACAGAAGCUGCCCUACUAUGCAUCCUAUGGUCGUACACGCCUGGCUAUCCAUGCUCUGUGUACCAGCCACUACCUGGACCUGGUCAUCACCUUCAUUAUCUGCAUUAAUGUCAUCACCAUGUCUCUGGAGCACUACGACCAACCACAGUCUCUGGAGACUGCAUUAAAGUACUGCAACUACUUCUUCACGUCCACGUUCGUGAUCGAGGCCUCUCUCAAACUGGUAGCUUUUGGCUUUCGACGCUUCUUCAAGGACAGGUGGAACCAGUUGGAUUUGGCCAUUGUGCUGUUGUCAGUGAUGGGCAUCACCCUGGAAGAGAUUGAGAUCAAUGCCUCGCUCCCCAUCAACCCCACCAUCAUCAGGAUCAUGAGGGUGCUCAGGAUAGCGCGAGUGUUGAAGUUGCUGAAAAUGGCAACGGGGAUGAGAGCUCUUCUUGACACAGUGGUCCAAGCUCUGCCUCAGGUGGGGAACUUGGGCCUACUCUUCAUGUUACUGUUUUUCAUCUAUGCUGCUCUGGGGGUGGAGCUGUUUGGAGAACUAGUGUGUAAUGCUGACUACCCCUGCGAAGGAAUGAGCCGCCAUGCUACCUUUGAAAACUUUGGAAUGGCCUUCCUUACGCUCUUCCAGGUUUCAACUGGUGACAACUGGAAUGGCAUCAUGAAGGACACCCUGAGAGAAUGCCCGCCCGAUCGUCCAGGAACCGACUACGGCUGUCACGCCGGACUGCAGUUCAUCUCCCCGAUGUAUUUCGUGUCCUUCGUGCUCACAGCUCAGUUCGUCCUGAUAAACGUGGUGGUUGCCGUGCUCAUGAAACAUCUGGACGAUUCCAACAAGGAGGCGCAGGAGGAUGCCGAGAUGGAUGCAGAGAUUGAAUUGGAGCUGGCCCAGGGGGGCCUGUGCUGCAUGAUGGGAGGCAUCGGAGCCAUCGCUGGGGCCACCGUUGCCACUGCGAGCGGGGCGGGCGUAGGCGGCGGAGUGUCUGGCGCAAUUACAGCGGGAACAGUCGGGGGCCCAAGUAGCGGAUUGAUGGCACCACUUCGAGAUGGAGGAGGAGGGAGCGCUGCUCAUGAGGGACACACUCACCCUCGAUGUCGCCUCUACUCCCCUGCACAGGAGAGCCAGUGGCUGGACAGCGUCUCUCUGCUGAUUAAGGACUCGUUAGAAGGAGACCUGAUCGACAAUCUCUCCGGUUCAGUUUUUCACCACUACGGCUCUCCUCCUAUCUGCAAGGACUGCAAGAGUCACCCUCAAGAGGUCCGAUUGGCAGAGGUGGAGCAGGCAUCGCUGAUGUCAGAGCAGCUGUCCGACAAGUCGUCAUCUCCAGCUCUGCCUGAUGACCUGAGUUUGGAUGAAAACAGCAGCUACCAGCUGCUGGUCAGAGACAGCCAGAGGGGCAGCAGUGACUCCCGCAGUUCGGAAGAGUUGCCCAGACAGGCGGGUUACAGAGGGCUUCGUCCCUCCAGCUCAGGAAGCGAGGAGGGUGUCCAGGGGCUGUUUGAAGUGGGCAUCCAUCAUCAGUGCAAUCCUGCCUCACCGGAGCAGAAAAGCCCUGCACAUGACAAAGAUUUCUUCCACCCAGCUGCUGCAGCUCGUCCUGGAAACAGCGCAAGCCCAGGAGACAGACGGCCUUCCAGGUCGGCCUCCCCAGCCUCCUGGGCGUCCCUCCGCUCACCCAGAGCCAACAGCAGGCCGUUGGGCUCCCAGCACCCGUCCCACAGUGACUCCUCCUUGGCCACAGGCAGUUCAGAGGGCAGCCUGCAGGCAACACUGGAAGAAGGGCUGAGCUUCAACGUCUCCUCACCUCGAUAUCUGGAUCUCCCCACACCCCACCUCUGCCCUGUCUCCAGCCACCCCUCGCAACGCCAGACACCGACUACAGGAGACCAGGGCCGGUCUUUAUUAAAGAGACACAGUACUCCUUUGACCCUCCAAGCCACCCGGAGGCACCAGAGGAGCCAGAGCAGCAGCGGAGGCGGCAGCACCAGCCCCGGCUCCCAGCAGGACUCCAUGGACCCGUCAGAUGAGGAUGUUGGCACGGGGACAAACCGGGAUGACUGCCGUCAAACCUUCAGCAGCGAGCACCUGUCAGAGACACUGAACAGUCUCUCCCUUACGUCGCUGUUUACCCCGGACUCUUUGGCACCCCCGCUGGUGAAGAAAUGCAACAGCACAGGGUCUCUGGACCAAACGAAUCUGUCUGCCCGGAGUAAAGACGGCCACCACUUUCAUGGCAUAGACGUCCAUGGUUUCUUAUCCAACCCCUUGACAGAGCGAAUGGCGAGAGGUGAAGAGCAAGACAUCACAGGCCCCGGCAUGAAAAGCAGGCGUCAGACCGCAGACACAUGCUCCAGGAAAAACAGAUGAAACACUUGUUGCCUCUCUGUAGUGGAACUCUUUAACCAUUUGCAUUUCUGGACCUUGAACAGAACAGGGAGAGAUUUUUAAUACAUGUCCUGUGAACCGGAAUCUGAAAUUCUCUCUUGUCUUUAUUAAAUCAUUUGUUCUCUCUCUCUCUCUGUUUAGGAUCAGUCAUUUCUCAAAAGAUCCCAGUCGCUUCUGAGUUUUGACAUCAUUUCUCUUACACAGGAUAUGCGAUUGCUCUUUGCUAGGUCUUAACAAUAAUGUCAAGGAGCUCAGCUUUUUUGUUAGCAGGACUGAGCCUUUGAGAGAUGUGGCAGAUCCUGGGUUUUAUAUUAUAGCCAUCUUGAAAGAAUAUUCAGAAAGCCAUUAGAGAGACAGCCCUGAAAAUUGCAGUGAUUUGUGAACAUUACAAAGGCGGUGUUUUCUAGAUGAAACUGUUAAGAAGUUCAAUCUUCUCUAAGGACCGGGUUCACUUUACUCAAUGCGCCCUGAACCAUUGUCCAAAAACCCUGUUGUCAAAAUUGGACAGAUGGCAAACUCGGAAGCUUCUUUUGAGGAAGAACUGAACUUUGUACAGUUUUCUUUUCAUGUUUUUUUGUAAUGUCCAUGGCUAAUAGUAGCAUCAACCUUUUUUUUCCUUCUUUGGAAGAUUCGGCGGGUGAUGGAAAAGUUGUCUUUUGUUUUGUUUUUUCCAACUUCAACAUUUUGAAGUUGCGUGAAUGUACCCGCUUCUGUCUCCAUUUGUGAGAAAGAGGGAGACCAAGACAAGCAAUGAGCCUGGCUAGUCUGAACAGUGACAGAUGGCCUCUUUGAAAAGAAGAAGAAUGUGAAUGCUGCUGAGGAUACGUGUGGGUAAUUCAUGGAAGCGUUGGCCACUUUCAGAGUGGACUCUGUAUUUUUUGCUUUCUGCACACCCAUGAAAGGGCUAAAAUCUAUUUAAGUGUAGACCUGGGCCAAAUACAAUUGACAAAUAAUCUUUUGCUACUGUACCUAACACCAUGUUUAACAAUGGCACAUCCAUUCCUUAAUCAGACCUCUCUGAUGCUAGUAAUGUAAAACAGCUUUGGAGCUACAGUGAGCACUGACUUGGGAGACUGAAAGUUGGAUGCUAAGUUAAAUGUCUUAAGACUUCAAAGCACCAGCUUCCUGCUGACCACUGAAUCAGAGCCUAUAGAAGUAUACUGAGUCAUGCCAAAACAAAAAAAAUAGAUUUCCAAAAAUUUAAGUUAAUCUGAUUGGUUAUCUGAUAAACUUUCAGGAUGAUAUCUAAGUCCCAAAAGCCCCCGAAAGUAACAGUGUCCCCAACAACACUCAGUUCCUGUUCUGGCCAGCAUCCAUAUUAAUGUUCUGUAUCCACAUGAUGCUCGUCUGCACAGUGAAAGUGUAUGCCAAAUCCAGCUGACUGACUUCCUGCAGCUGGUACUCGUUCACACUGCUGCUGCUCCUGAUUUGGACGCACAAACAACUGAAACAUUGUGGAAAAACAUGGUCAAGUAAUAUUAAUGCGAUGUUCCAGAUGUACACCACACUCAAGUAUACUGGUUGGGACUCCAGUGAACCUCAUCAGUCAUACUGCACUGUGUCCUGGGUGUAUGUAUAAAUGUUGGUAGUAAGUGUAGUGAGUGUGAACGUAGCAAAAAAAAGAAAACUUUGAACUUUUGGCUGGCAUAGGCUUGUUAAGUUGUACUUUGAACAAAGUGUCUAUCUUUGGAUAGGCUCAGCUUUUGUACCCGCAGCCUUAGCCCGCUGACACGCAGCCACCUCUUCAGUUCUAUUAUUGUCACGAGUACAGGCCCUUGUUUGAGUGCCCUGUGGCAGGGCUAAUCACUAGGUUGGUAGCACGUCAAUAGACCGUCCCUCGUUUGAGUCACCCAGAAGCACUCCUUUUUCAGUCUGAAACAAAAAGAGCACCUAUUGUCUUAUACGUGCGUGCUGUUCUCUGGGCCGGGUCUCGGCAUUUGAAGCAAACCAGACGAUAUUUAACGCGGUCUUUAACAUCUUCCGCCUAUUUUAAAUGUACCUGAGAGACUGUAGUGGAGCAGGCUGCCCGGCAUGUGCAUGGGAAACACAACACACGGGAUGGUUUCUUCUUAAAAAGUCGGUGUACAGAUUAGCGGGAAUUCAGAAAAUGGAAAUCACUGUUUUGUUUGCUGCUUUAAACCCAAAUGUUUAUUUGACUCAGGUCUGCUUGAGUGUAGCAAGACAGUAGAAAAAAAUAUAUACUAUGACAAGCAAUGUGGUCCACGUGGAUGUAGUUUGAGCACAUGUUUGUAAUUUUAUCAAAUUGUGAUGAUCAUCAUAGAAUAAAUCCCGAGCAGGUAGACCUCAGGUGGACCUAUAUGCACCUCACGCAUUGCACCAUCACAUAUAACACACACACACACAUCCUGAAGCACAUACACACACACACGCAUAUCACACAAAGAUGUCAGCAUCAAAACACUGCAGGAUGCUUCUGUGGCUGUUUGAGAAGAGGCAGAAGAAACCUCGGUGUUUAAUCUCUUUCUCUACUUUGUCUUCAUUCCCCUCCUUACUCCCAUCCAAUCAUAUUAUCUCCUUUCCACAAGGAAGCCAGAGUACUAAAUGACUAUUGACUACCCACCUCUAAUCGAGAUAUGCAAUAUGCUACAGUAGAUGUACAGUUAGAUGUAUGGGACUCAUAGAGAUAGGCAAUAUGGUGAGAGAAGAUUAUAUUUAUGAAUUCAUGUAUUCGAAUAAAAUGUCACCAAGAUUCAAAGGUCACUGAAAGGAUGAUGUAUUCAUGUAUUCCAGAGUGUGUGUUCUCUCUUUUUUCCCUCCAUCUCCUCGACACGGUUUUCUUUUUCCCAAAUGCAUGUAGGUUAUUUUUGUUUUCCAAAAUGUCAUUCUAGUGUCAUAUAAAAGUGAGAUAGCUUUUCAACAA